UGACACCGCCCGUGUGGACCGCGAUGUGAUGAUAAGCAAGCGACCCUCAAAAACAAGCGUUCACGGAAGAACCCUUCGGCUCAACAGAAAUGGUGACAACAACACUUUGAUCAGCAAUUUGUAAUCAUUCCCCUUUUUUAGAGUUAGCAAAGCCAGCACAGGAGAAUAUAUUGAUCUGUGUUUGAAUCAGAAAGUGUAAAGAGAUGGAGAACAGCAGCUUCCACAGCCAGCUCCUGUCCGUCAUGGACGUCGUGGCUCGGGCGGCCGUGGCUGAGAUAAACCGGCGUGUGGAUGAUAGCUGCGCGGUGCUCCGGCUGGAGGUGAGCCAGAGCCGCAGGGACAUCGAGCUGCUGCGGAGGAAGUGUGAGGGGAUGGAGGCCGAGCUGAGGAGGACCAGGAUCAGAGCCAGGAGGAGAGUGUUUUAUCCUCCAGCAGCAGACAGAUUCUCUCCUUUAGUCAGAGUAGAUCUGACCAAAGAGACACAGACGGCAGCUUGGGAGAGACAGAUGGAGGCUGAGGUUCAAACUCAACCGAAGCAGUGUGCAGACGUGGAGCUUGGUUCUGAAGCAGAGCACAUACUGAUCAAAGUGGAGUGUGCAGAGGAGGAGAUGUGGAAGAACCACUCAGAGGACAAAAUCAAAUCUGAAGCAGAGCAGCCUCAAUGUUUAGAAGCCUCCCAACCUGCCGAAACGGACCACUUUGUGGAGUCUCACAACUCUGCAGAGAACUCAGCCGACCCUGGAUCUCUGAUGUCCCCGACAGGUGGCUACAACACCUUCCGAGAUCAGCAGCUAAAUUUGAAUCAAAGUGAGGCAGAGCUCCUGGUGAAACCCGAGAGAGAGGAAGAGCUGAAUGAGAACGCAGGAAACGCGGGAAAUUUUGCGACAGGUGACGGUAACGGAGAGCUGUGGACUUCAGAUCAGUGGACUGAUGCUGCUGGUCCAAGCACUCUGUAUGCUGGGCAACAGUUUCCCUCUGUUUUCCCGUCUCAAAGUGGGUUACAUUUGGAGGACAUGGAGUCUCAAAUUCAAUUAGAGAAAUCACAUUCAGUUGUUGAGAGCGCAGCAAGAGGUAAAAGAGGGGCCAGAACGUUUGGAUUUAAGAGACCCCUACAGCAUGAGGGAAAUAAUACUUCAUCUCAGUUCAACACAAUGGAUCAUUCCUUAAUCUCUCAACAGUCACAGCAUCCAUACAGACACUCUUUGCCUCACACGGGGCACCAACGAGUGGAUAUGACAUCGCAAAUCCAAGCUUCCACCUCUUCUUAUGGGCAAGGUCGUACAAGUUUGGUCCUGACCAGGAGGAUAAGGAAGCCCUGGAGGCCCGUCGUCAAGGAGAAGAAAUUCAGCUGCACGUUCUGUGCCAAAUCGUUCCAUAAAUGCUGUCAGCUCAAAGAGCAUCUGAGGAGUCACACAGGGGAGAGACCGUUCAGCUGUGAGCUCUGCGGCAGGAGUUUCGCCAAACAGUGCAACCUCAUCAGACACGCAGUGGUCCACAGUGGGGAGAGACCACACGAGUGCUCAGUGUGCGGGAAGUGCUUCACCCAGCGCUCCACCCUCAAGUCCCAUCAGAAAACAGCACACUGAGACCACAGGGUUUUAUUUUAUAUAUCAGAUUCCUGAAGUAAUCAAUGUGGCCUUUUGUUUUAUUUAUAUAAAAGAAUAUUGUGCAUUUCCCACAGAAUUAAGCUGUACAGUGGAUGUACAGUAUGGCCUCACCCUAUUUAUAUCAGGUUAUGUUACAAAUUAAUAUUAGGUUCCUAUUCAUAUUAAUGGGGCUUUUAGGGGUGCCGGUGGCCUAGUAGUUAGAUUAAGUGCCCCAUGCACGGAGGCUUUACAUGGACGGCCCGAAGCAGGCGACCCGGUUCAAAUCUGACUUGUGGCUCCUUUCCAUCAUGUUAUGUAAAACUUUAACAUCGGUAUCAUUGCCAGACAUUUCAAGACAUCAAUCAGACAUUCAAUUUUCAGGUCAUAACUUGAGUUGUACAUUCAGGGGGUCUUGAUAUAGUGUUUCAUAAUUUGUAUGUUAGUCAGAGACAGUGCAAGGGAGGUAAAAGUAAUUUAAAGCUGUUAGAAUGAGAGGCGCAAUCCACCAGGCAACUUAUUUAUCUUGUCAAAAUUUUUUUUCCAUUUUGACCAUUUUGCAUUUUACAAGUCCUUAAUCAGUCGCAAUAAGAAAGUCAAUCUUUCCAUCUUGUGAUUCUCUAUAAUGAUUUUGAGUCAGUUAUCUACUGUGGGUGGAUGAGUCUGUAACCAUUUACGGGCGAUGGCUUCUUUUGCUGCUACUUUAACUAUUUUCAGAAGGUAUCUGUCACUUCCUGUUAUUUGGUCAGGCAGAUCACACAAAUAAAGUGAUAUGAAAGUUAAUGGGAACCUUUGUCCAAAAAUCUUCUUCAUGAUUUUCCCAAAACAGUCAUACUGUAUCUUUGGGCAAGUCCAGAAUAUGUGGUGGUGAUUUGCCUCAUCACUCCUGCAGUCAAAGUAUCUUUGCCAUUUAGCAGUAAUAAAAUGAGAACAUGAUUUUUCCAGCCAGAGUCAAGGCAAUACAUAGAACAGGAUGUAGAAAAGAUGGUUUCACACGUUUUCCCACUGUUGACAGUUUAUUUUAUCAUUUAGUUUUAGCAUCUUUCCUUGUUAUAAACUGCGGAGGUUCCUCUACCCUUUAUAAACCCUUUGUAAAGUUUUAAAAUUAUCGAUUUAGUACUACCACUAUAUGCCUUGAUGAAUUAUUGUAUUAUAUAAUUAAGUUCCAUAUUUGCCUCAUUUUGGAAACUUCUUUAAGAGAUGUUGUCGUAUCUAAAAUCUGACUUUUCAUCUCAAGUUAUAUUUUUCUCUUACAGUUUGGAAGCUUUGUAACUUGUUUUUCUCCAUGAUUUUGCAGUAAGCAGUGAUACCUCUAUUUGUCCAAUACUUAAAUCUAAAAUAAAUACAACUAGUUUAAAUUCUA